AUGAACAGCUGAUGGGGCGGGGCCCACGGCCUGAUGCUUGAUGUAUAUAAAGAGGUGCCGGAGCUGAAGAGUUUGUGCUACGCUGUGGCUGAUGUUCAUACUCCCAGGAUGAAUAUCCUCAAGACUCUGUUUCUCCUGGCCGCAGGCCUCUCUGUGGCCGUGUCUUCGCAAGACAAGGCACUCAACCAGUUCAGGAAAAUGAUCCUCUGCGUGAUGCCCGAUAGCUCGCCUAUUUUCGACUACGCCGACUACGGCUGCUACUGUGGGAAGGGAGGCUCUGGCACGCCUGUGGAUGAACUGGAUAGGUGCUGCUAUGUCCACGACCAUUGUUACAGUGAUGCCAUGCAGCACGACGAGUGCUGGCCCAUCUUCGACAACCCGUACACCGAGUUCUAUGACUACAGCUGCGAUGAGAAAAAGAAGAAGGUCACCUGCGGCAGCAAAAACAACGCAUGUGAGAUGUUCAUCUGUGAGUGUGACAGGAAGGCCGCCGAGUGUUUUGCCAGAUCACAUUGGAACCCCGACCACGAGCACCUGCCCAGCGACCAAUGUCAGUAAAGACCUCUGCGAACAACUCUAUCAUGUGCAGAAUACGUGACAAAGGCAUGUUUUAGUUCUCAAACGUGGCACAUUUUUUUGUCAUUUUAUUGAGGAUCAUUGCCUUUUUAGAAAUAUCCAAAAAAGACCUUGUGCUGUACAGUCCCAUUCAAAGUAUCAUUAACCCGUCUAUGAUUCCCUCCAUGUGCCAAACCUCUCUUGUUGGCUGUGGAACUGUUUACGUAUCCUGGCAAUAAACACAUUUAGAUCUG